CGACAGUGUCAGAUUAACCACAUCACGCUCGAUUGCGUGGUUCCCAGAACCGCUUGGCCAACUGCUCACGUAUGAGCGGACGCCGUUGUUUGACUACAAUACCAGUUUUGCGCAAAAACAGACCGACGUUUUGCGCAGUGUUCGCUGCUUUCUGCAUACAGAGCCGUGCACAUCCUACUCCUGGUCUCCGGAAGGCGGGCAAGUGUUCGAGAAGCAGAUUGUCCAAGAUGGGAUUCGCUUGGACUGGACCAAAGACUACCGUCGGUUUGACUACGUAAUCCGGAAAGUGCCGAUGAUGUGGGAUAAUGUCACUGCUGCCGAAAUGAUCUACUGCCCCGACGGCAUUGGAACCUGCGAC